AUGGCAUCAAACGGCGACUUCUCUGACGAGGGAUCCCAGCCCGGCUCACCUUUACUCGAUGCCCACAAUGCCCGCGGAGAGGUCGAGGACCAGGAGCCCCUUGAGCAGGAAGAGAAACCUCUCAAGUCUGCCAUGAAGAAGUCUGAGCCUGCUCCUCAACCGAAGCGUCCAGAACUCCCCGAGCAGCCCAACCCGGAAACGCUCGAUCUCUCAAAAUUGACGCCUCUUUCGCCUGAGAUUAUUGCCCGGCAAGCUACUCAGAACAUCGGCACGAUCGGACAUGUCGCUCACGGCAAAUCCACCGUUGUCAAGGCCAUCUCGGAGGUUCAAACCGUCCGCUUCAAGAAUGAGCUUGAGCGCAACAUUACCAUUAAGCUUGGUUACGCCAAUGCGAAAAAUCUACAAAGUGAGAAGGAGAUCGAUCCGCCAUGUGAGCGUGAAGGAUGUACAGGCCGUUACCGGUUGCUGCGCCACCUCAGUUUCGUUGACUGCCCUGGUCACGAUAUUCUGAUGAGCACCAUGCUUUCAGGAGCCGCGGUCAUGGAUGCCGCUCUCCUCUUGAUUGCCGGAAACGAAACCUGCCCCCAACCCCAGACCUCGGAGCACUUGGCCGCCAUUGAAAUUAUGAAACUCAACCACAUCGUCAUUCUCCAAAAUAAGGUUGACCUCAUGCGAAGCGAUAAUGCCCUCGAGCAUUACCAGUCUAUCCUCAAGUUCAUCCGUGGUACCGUUGCCGAUGGAUCGCCGGUCAUCCCUAUUUCCGCACAGCUGAAGUACAACAUUGACGCUGUCAAUGAGGCCCUUGUCCAGACCAUCCCUAUUCCCCUUCGCAACUUCGAGGCUACGCCUCACAUGAUGAUCAUUCGUUCCUUCGAUGUCAACAAGCCCGGUGCCGAGAUCGAUGAGCUCAAGGGUGGUGUUGCCGGUGGUUCCAUCCUUACCGGUGUUGUAAAGCUGAACGAUGAGAUCGAGAUCCGCCCCGGUCUCGUCACCAAGGAUGAGCAGGGCAAGAUCCAGUGCCGUCCCAUUUUCUCUCGCAUUGUGUCUCUCUUCGCUGAGCACAAUGACCUCAAGUUUGCCGUUCCCGGUGGUUUGAUCGGUGUCGGUACCCGCGUCGACCCCACGCUUUGCCGUGCCGAUCGUCUUGUCGGUUUCGUUCUCGGUCACCGUGGCCGUCUUCCCGCGAUCUACACUGAGAUUGAGGUCAACUACUUCCUGCUCCGCCGUCUUCUGGGUGUCAAGACCGCCGAUGGCAAGCAAGCCAAGGUUGCCAAGCUUGCUAAGAACGAAGUCCUGAUGGUUAACAUCGGUUCCACCGCUACUGGUGCCAAGGUCCUCGGUGUCAAGGCCGAUGCCGCUAAGCUCAGCUUGACCAGCCCCGCCUGUACGGAAGUUGGCGAGAAGAUUGCCAUCAGUCGCCGAAUCGAGAAGCACUGGCGUCUGAUUGGAUGGGCCAACAUUGUUGCUGGUAACACCCUCGAGCCCGUGCAGCAGUAA